AUGCGAUGCAUUGUGCACGGACUGCAACAUACGGAUAUUCUGAUACACUUAUCGCGUUGUCUUCGAACUCCAUUUGAGCUACAGGACGUACUGUUCAACUUGUCAACUUCAACGUCAUCCCGUCCGGUUGACUGCUCUAAACCUUCAAACUCCAGAAGCUCCUUGUCUUCCAUGGCUCCGAACCCAGCAUAUACCCGGCUGCCUCCUUCCAGCCUUGAGUGUCCUUUGGACUCGAUUCCCGAGAAACUCGAAGAAGAGACUUUCGAGAGGACAAGGCCAAUGAGUAGAACUGUGACCGUGGCCUACUAUAUUUUGACGUUGGUUUGCGGCAUCCUCAUCGGAAUCGCUAUCUCGACUGCCUCACGGCCGCUCGUCGGAUCCAUAUCGAAGGCCCUCGAGAAAAUACAAGCACCGCCGAUACAAGAAGUAAUUCAUGUCAAUCCCGGGUUCGUCAUCAGCCCGGAGACCGGGGAAGCCAAAUGCGGCAACAAUUGGAGAGAGGCGAAACGGCUGGGAUGUCAUUUUGACGUGAUGGCGUCGCGAUGGUAUUCGGACAGCUGCUUCAACGGCGAGGUCUUGGACCAGAUGUUGAAAGAGGUCGACUUUGAAUGGUAUGCGGAUCCGCAGCACACCCAGAAGGUUCCGAAAGAGGUCGCCCUCUCUGGAGAGUUUGAUGAGCUCUAUCCCCUUCACGACUAUCACAUCAUGCAUUGCCUCUAUCUAUGGCGAAGACUGCACUCGGCCCUUAUCGAACACCGUCACUUGGACGACGAUGUCUACAGUUACGGACAUACGCUGCAUUGCACGCGAUUGAUUAUGAAUUGGCAUAAGAAGAAGAAUACCACCACGAUUGCGACCUCUGGCAUCCCAUUCUGUCGGAAUGAUCCUUUAUGA